CACAGUAAAAAGAUACAUUUCCCCAAAAGAAGGGCAAUACACACUGCAUUUGUGGACUCUCGCUCUCCUCUCUCUCUCUCUCUCUCUCUCUCUCUGCGACGUUAAAAAAAAAAAGCGUUUCAAAGCUUCAAUGGACGCCUUCUGAAAGCUUCAUUUCCAUUUUUUUUCCUCUCGAGAGAAAUUACUCCAUAUUCAUCUGAAAAUUUCAGGGCACUCGCUUUAGUUUCCAGUAUUUAUGAGAGAGAAGUGUGUUUCUUGGCCUUGAGCUCUGAAAAUAGUCACUGUGCAUGAGAAAUGAAGCCUGAGCUCUGAAAUUUGAGCUCGUAAGUUGAGAAGGAAGUUUGACACUUGAAAGAAAUGGAAGACAAUGUCUUGCAAUCCUCUUUUGCAGAUGCUAAAUUGGUUGGCAUUACAUUUUGUUUGGCAUCCUCUAAUGAAAUUCGCACAUCGUCUGUAAAUGAAUGCCCCAUUAGUCACUCAAGUCAGUUAUUAAAUCCUUUUUUGGGGCUUCCAGUAGAAUCUGGUAGAUGUGAUUCUUGUGGAAGUAGCGACAUUGGUGAAUGUGAAGGCCACUUUGGCUAUAUUCAAUUGCCCCAACCAAUAUAUCAUCCGUCCCAUAUCUCUGAAGUUCGACGCAUUUUAAGCCUUGUGUGUCUGAACUGUUUAAAGCCAAGGAAGAAGAAGGCCAAGUUCAACCUUGAUAUGGAGUCAUCUAAGUUUCUUGAUGCCUCAAAAAAAUCAUGUUUAUAUUGCGAGGUAUAUCCGCCAAUAUCUGUAAAGGAAAUUAAGAAGACAGAUGGUGCGUAUUCUCUCGAACUGAAAUUGCCAUCAAGAAGAGAGAUUCCACCGGGCUUUUGGAAGUUCCUGGAUAAAUAUGGUUAUCAUUAUGGCGAUUCCUCCCUCUGUCGUCCUUUGCUUGCAUAUGAGGCUCGCCAAAUUUUAAAGAAUUUGCCAGAGAGAACAGUAAGAUGGCUUGCUGAAAAGGGCAGCUUUCCACAGUCUGGUCUUAUUAUAGACCGUGUUGCAGUUCCUCCGAAUUGCUUGUGUAUCCCAGACUUCCCUCAGGGGAAAAGUAGUUUCUCAUCUAGUCCUGCUAUUGCUAGUCUGAAAAAAUUACUCGUCAAGGCCGAUAUUAUUACAAAAUCUAGGUCAGGUAUUGCAAAUUUUGAGUCUCAUGAAAUUGAAGCUAAUGAUUUGCAGUCAACUUGUUCUCGGUAUUUUCUGUCAAGAAGUUCUGCUAAGGAAUCUGGAAAUUUCUUGAGGAAAGUUGGAGUUCCCAAAGUGGUAAAUGAAUCUUCUGCAAGACUAUGGCUUGAGAAAAUGAGAACGUUUUUUAUUAGCAAAGGUUCAGGGUUUUCAUCCCGCAGUGUUAUUACUGGUGAUGCCUAUAUGGGAAUCAAUCAAAUAGGACUACCCUUGGAGAUUGCAAGAAAAAUAACUUUUGAAGAGAAGGUCACAUCAAUGAACAAAGAUCGCUUGCAGAGUCUCUUGGAUAGGGGGUUAUGCCUUACUUUCAAGGAUGGCCAGACAACUUAUGUUCUUAGAGAUAGUUCAAAAGGAUCAAAAUCUCUAAAGAUUGGUAAUGUCAUAAAUAGAAGAAUUGUAGAUGGUGAUAUUGUUUUUAUAAACAGGCCUCCUAGUACACACAAGCAUUCUAUACAAGCCUUUUCAGUGUAUGUCCAUGAAGACAGUACCAUAAAGAUCAACCCGCUUAUCUGUGAACCAUUUGGUGCUGAUUUUGAUGGCGACUGUAUUCACAUUUUCUAUCCACAGUCUCUUGCAGCAAGGGCGGAGGCGAUUGAGCUUUUCAGUGUUGAGCAGCAACUACUAAGUUCCCAUAGUGGGUCUUUAAACGUAAAAUUCAUGCAUGAUUCUCUGCUCUCUGCAAAACUUGUUUUUAAGACUUAUUUUGUGAAUAGAGCGACUGUGCAGCAGUUAUCAAUGUGGACUUUGCCGUCUUUUAUUGAACCUGCAAUCGUAAAAGCUAGGGAUGGCCCUCUUUGGACUGUUUUGCAACUUCUUCAGUCUGGUUUGCCAUCCUCUUUUGACUGUUCUGGGCCGAGAUACCUUAUUUCUCACAGUGAAAUAUUGGAGAUGCAGCCCACUAGAGAUCAGUUGCCACCCUUACUAACUGAAAUAUUGAACUCCAUUGUCCUAAUGAAGGGUCCGAAAGAGGCUCUUAAGGUCUUCAAUUCUUUGCAGCCUCUAUUCAUGGAGAUAUUGUUUAUGGAAGGAUACAGUAUUGGGUUGGGAGAUUUUAAUGUUCCCAAACCAAUAAUGGAUCACAUAAAAAGUAAAAUAAAAAGCAUUUCACCAUUGUUGAAACAUAUGAGAUCAACUGAUAAUGAGCUAAUAGAAUCUCAAGUGGCAAAAUCCCUGGAUGAUGCUAAGCUUCCGAUCGUGAAAUUUAUUUUGAAAUCUUCCUCUUUAGGUGGUUUGAUUGAUUCUUCGAGUUCCCAGGCGGUUAACAAGGUUGUUGAACAGAUUGGUUUUUUGGGACUUCAGCUUUUCUCUAGGGGGAAGUACUACACAAAGGAUUUGGUUGAUGAUCUGAUCUCAUUCAUUCAAAGUAAACAUGUGGCAAAGGGGUUUGAUUACCCGACUGAGUCCUUUGGGUUGAUUAAAUCUUGUCUUUUUCAUGGAUUGAACCCAUAUGAGGAAUUGGUGUAUUCCGUUUCUGUACGUGAAGGAUCUGUGCGCUCAUCAAAGGGAUUAUCAGAACCAGGAAUCCUUUUUAAGCAUUUGAUGGCUGUUCUACGAGAUGUUGUGAUUUGUUAUGAUGGGACAGUUAGAAAUGUUUGCAGCAAUCUUCUCGUUCAGUUUGAGUAUGGAGGGAACCGUAAAACUGUUGAUGUCUCUGCCUCAGCCGGUGAACCUGUUGGUAUUUUGGCAGCAACUGCCGUAUCAAACCCUGCUUAUGCAGCUGUUCUCAGUUCUUCACAGAGCAAUACUUCUUCUUGGAACCUGAUGAAGGAAAUCCUGUUUUGCAAACAGAAUUCUUCAGAAGAACUCGAUGAUAGGCGGGUUGUUGUUUACUUGCAAGACUGCCAUUGUGGUAAGAAGUAUUGCAAGGAGAACAUGGCUUGUAUGGUUCAGCGGCACUUGAAGGGGGUUCCUUUGAAGGACUUUACUGCAGAAUUCUUUGUUGUAUAUGAUAACCAAAUUCCUACUACGUCUGAAAUCAGACAAAUCGAAGCAAACCUUGUUGGACACAUUCAUCUGGAUAAGAUGCAGUUGAGUGGGUUGAACGUUACUGUACAAGACAUUUUAUUAAAAGUCACAAAUGACAUUAGGAAAAAGAAUUCGCCUUUUCGUGGACAUUCUAAGAAGUUGAGGUUCAGUUCUAGUGAGGAAUGCAGAGUUGGCCAGGCAUCUGAUGGGAACUGGUCAUCAGUGCCAUGUUUACAAUUUAAAUAUCAUGAUAGAGUUUUAUGUGGGGAUGAUACUGGAAAAGUUUUGCAUCUUUUUGUGAACACAAUCUACCCAAGAUUGUUGGAAAUGAUUGUUCAAGGGGAUUCUCGCGUAAAUAUGGUGAACAUUAUAUGGAUUGAUCCAGAUGCACCAUCUUGGGUCAGAAAACCUUGCAAGAAAGAGCGGGGUGAGAUAGCUUUAGAAGUUGUGAUUGAUAAAAAUGUUGUCAAGCAAAGAGGGGAUGCUUGGAGAACAUUUCUGGAUUCUUGCUUGCCUGUUAUGAACUUGAUAGAUAUCAAGCGCUCCAUUCCCUAUGGUAUUAAACAGAUUGAAGAAUAUCUUGGCAUCUCGUCUGCUUUCGAUUUGACAUUUCAGCGACUCUCAAAAUCCUUGAGUAAAGUUGCAAAAGGUAUACUCAGAGAGCACCUGUUGUUGGUGGCUGAUAACAUGGCCUUGACUGGAAAACUUGUUGGUUUUAAUACUUCUGGCUAUAAGGCAUUGUUUCGUUCUUUGAAGGUUCCUCUGCCAUUUACAGAGGCCACUCUAUAUACACCAAUGAAAUGUUUUGAGAAAGCUGCUGAAGGUCGUAAUAAGGAUUCCCUGUCUGGCAUAGUUGCUUCUUGUUCCUGGGGUAAACUUGUGGCAGUUGGUACAGGAACACGUUUUGAGGUCACAUGGAACAACAAGCAGGUUGAAGUGCCUCAUGAAUACAGUACAGAUGUCUAUGACUUUCUCCACUUGGUUAGCACUCCAGGUGCAAAUGAAAUUGACAAUUCAUGUCUGGGCAUGGAUGUGGACAACAUGAAUGAAGAUAAAUUUCAUGCAAUGUCCCCUGAGCCUCUCUCAGCGAUGGACAAACCAACCUUCGAUGGCAGUCCUGAGGUAAUUGACUUAGAUGAUGAUUGGCCUCAUGGUAAUGGUAAGUUUGGUAAGUCAAGCUGGGAUGUUGCCAAGUCACCAGCUAGGCCAAGUGGGGGUUGGGGAGGCUGGGGUGUUGAAGAGAAAAGUGAGGAUCAUCAAGCUGCUACUGAUAAUCCAAAUGGAUGGGGGGGCUGGGGAAAAGGGAAGUCAGAUAAGGAGAAAGUUGAGUUUUCUACUGUCAAGUCUAAUGGCUGGGAAGAUGGGGGAGACACUUCUACUAAGUGUGGCUGGGAAGGAGCAGCAAAUUCACCCCCUAAGUCUGAUGGUAGGCUCUGGGGAAGUGAAAAAGAAAAUGAUGGUAAAGAUUUGUUGCCCACAAACAACUCAAAUGGAUGGUCAGUUGCAAAAACACCACGCAAUGAGAGUUUCAGUACGUCUGGCUGGGAAGGAGCUCCGAAAUCACCCCCUAAGUCGGAGGGCUGGAACUGGGGCAGUGAAAAACAAAAUGAUGAUCAUGAAGCUUUGCCCACUGACAAUUCAAAUGGAUGGGGAACUUCGGCCACAAAAAAACCAGCUGAGGAGGGUUUCAGUAAGUCAGGCUGGGAAGGAGUCGCAAAAUCACCCAAGUCAGAUGGUUUGAGCUGGGGCGAAAAACAAAAUGAUGAUAAAGAAGGUUUGCCCUCCAAUAAUUCAAGGGGAUGGGAAAGCUCAUUUGCAAAAGAACCAGCUAAGGAGAGUUUCAGCAAGUCAGGUGGGGAAGGAGCGACAAUAUCAACCCCUAAUUCAGAUGGUUGGAGGUGGGACAGUGAAAAACAAAAUCAUGAUAAAGAAGCAUUGCCCUCUAACAAUUCACAUGGAUGGGGAAGCUCAUUUGAUAAUAAAUCAGCUGAGAAGAGUUUCAGUAAGUCAGGCUGGGAAGCUGCUGGAGAAUCACCCCGUAAGUCAGAUGGUUGGGGCUGGGGUAGUGCAAAAGAAAAUGAUGAUAAACAUGAUUUGCCCACGAGCAAUUCAAAUGGAUGGGGUGGCUCAGUUGCUCCAAAGCAAGCUGAGGAGGAUGAAACUGCAUUUGCCCUGGCCAAGCAAAAUGAUUGGGAAGCUAGGAGCAAUGAUUUCAGCAAAUCACCUCCUAUAUCAAGUGGUUUGGAGAACUGGGGCACUGAAAAGCAAAAGAAAGACACUGAUGCUUUCGUGGGAUCCAGUGUUUCAAGUGGUUGGGGUGGUGAGAAAAACAAAGAGGGCAGUAAUGCUUUUGCUGGCCCUAGUGUUCUAGGAAGAUGGGGUGGUAAAAAGCAGAAUGAUAACAAAGCAAAAGAAAUGCCCUAUCCCCCAGGGUUUAACUUUGGAUCUCCCGAUAAUGCCCCUGUUGGAAAAUUUAAAAGGGAUGGCCCUCCACCUCCAAGACCAUUUCGUAAGCGUAUGGAUAUAUAUACAACUGAGGAGGAAAAAAUUCUAUCUGAAGUUGAACCGCUAAUGUUGUCAGGGAGACGCAUUUUACACAAUACCAGGUACAAAGAUGGUGAUCGGCUUUCGCAAGAAGAUGAAUCAUAUAUAUUGGAAAACAUAUUUCAUUACCAUCCGGACAAGGCACAGAAAAUGGGUGAUAGCGUGGACUUUGUUAAGAUUGAUCAGCAUUCACUGCAUCCCGGCAGUAGGUGCUUCCACAUCGUUUCAGUGAAUGGUGAUUGCAAGGACUUUUCGUAUAAGAAAUGCAUAGAAAACUUUAUUAGGGAAAAGUACCCAGAAGAGGCAGCAUCUUUUAACAAGAAAUAUUUUCCAGAGAAGCACCCUCCUCGUGGGGCUGAAGCACCAUCACCAUCUGCCGAAGCACCAUCGUAGUUGUGCGGAAGUGUCAUUUGGUGGUUUUUUGUUUCUUUUUGGUGGCAACUGAGCUUUUAGAGACCAGGGAACAAUGCCACAGCAAGAAAGCUAAUUCUGACGGGGAGGAGGGUGUGUAAUAUUGUGAUGUAUAUAGUUACAUUUGCUCACUCGUGUAUAGCUUGAUAACAACUGCAAAUGAUGCUGAUGCCUUCAGUAUCUCUUCUCUGUAUUUAAGCUCACCAUGAGCAUCCAUUUUUCUCAGUGAUGGUGAAGGGCCACAGAAUGGUUUCUUGGAGUUC